AUGGUCCGCCAGUAUUUCUCCGAGCCCAUUAUGAAAGUAACCUGCACCAAAUCUGCCGCAGAAACCGCCGAGUCCCUGCAGCUGGUUCUUGAUAUGAUGGAGGUGACAAACACCGUCGCUGCGGCGGAGGCUAUCGCGUUUGCCCGCUACCUGCAUGUCGACCUCAAGCAAUUUUUCACGCUUGUCAGCGAUGCGGCGGGGUCCAGUCGGGCUUUCAUGACCAAAGGCCUAGAAAUGAUUGAGGGCCGGGUCGGGCAGAACACCGAGACGGUCAACGAUGCGAUCCGGCGUCUGGAGAAGGCGGUGCAACGAGCUCGGGACUUGCACUGUCCGCUGCACCUGGGUAAUGCGGCGAUGAACGUACUGUUUAUGGCUAAGAAGGCCGGGUUUGGAGCUGAGGGGAGCACGAGUGUGAUCAAAGUGUAUGGCAAUUAG